AAUGGCAAGAGAGUAUUUCAACUCUUUUUUUUAGAACUUUAUGUUUAAAAAUUUGAUUAAGUAAAUGUGCAAAAGCGAAAAAUCGUUUUAUCGAUUUCGUAGAGGCUUCAAUGGAUCUCUUGAGUUGUUGAAUAGAGCUAAACUAAAGCUUCAAUGGAAAGAAAGAGUCUGUGAUAGUAGCUGAGCACCAAUGAAUUAAGUCUCUGGGGUGCAAAGGUUUAAAUAGACUCGUCCCUUGUGUCAGCGCCAAAUGUCAUUUAAAAAUUCAUUGUCAUGGCCUGACAUCGAACUGAAUUGAUCGAUUUCCUGCUGGGAGUAAUUUUUAAUUUUUUUGGCUGACUGUGAGAAUAAAAAAUACUCAAAAAUGGUGGUUCUAGAAAUUUACUACCGGGCUAUUUAUAGUUCGCGUAGUGCCUUAGAAAUCAUGAAAGACACACCGUACAAUAUCAUUCCAAUUCAUCAAAAACCUGAAUUAAUUGAUCAAUGCUGUAAACUUUUGAAUUCGGAAUGGCACAGAAGCGAUAAAACACGACUUAGAACUUUGAGGACUUCCUGUGAUAAAUUUCCAACAUCUUUGGUUCUUCUCGACAAUGAAAAAGUAAUUGGACACAGCAAAAUUUCUUUGAUACCCAGCAUAGACGAUUGUUGUGUUAUAGAAUCUUUCGUGAUCAGUCGAGAAUACAGAUCGCAAGGCCUGGGUUCAAUUCUGUUGCGUGGGGUCGAACAAUACGUUUCGAAAAAGGGAAUAAGAAGAGUCUAUUUAUCGACAAAAGACCAAGAAGGGUUCUAUCGAAAAAAUGGAUAUUCAGUCUGUGAGCCUCUCAAUUUGCACAGUUUCGCCGAUUAUAUCAAUUCCAGCAUUCCAGUCAACGAAAACGACAACAUGAACGUGAACGUGAUCGAAAACGACAAAAAUGAGAGGAACAAGGAGAGAAUUCAAAAUGUAUUUUCAGGAGCCCCGCCUCCUCCGCCAAUGCCGAAUUUCGUUGAGAAAAAACGAGCAGAAAACAUGAAACACAUCUAUAUGAUGAAAAACUUGUAGUUCUUUCUCCAAUUAUUUAUUUAUAUUAUGUAACCGUAUUUAUUUUUAAAAUGUAUAACUUCAUAUACCUCGCUCGAUAUUUAUGUAAAUAUGCACACCCAUUUUUGAGAUGGUAACAUUUUUACCUAGAAUACGAAUAACAAAGUCUUGUGAUUACAGUGUAAUAUAUAAUAUAUAAAUAUGUUUCGCAAAUAAAGUUUUGAAAAUAUUUA